GCCGGACCGGGCGGGGCCGGCUCGGCGCGGAUCGGCUCGGAGCAGGUGCGGGCCGGAGCCGCGCGGAGCUCCGGGGGCGCAGGGGCCGCACGGGGCAGGUGAGCGGGGCCGGGGCAGGUCUCCGAGCAGGGUGUCGCUGCUGUGGAGCCCUCGUCCUGCCAGAGGGCAGGCCCCGGUGCCUGCAGGAUGGCGAGAUGGCUGCCUCGCUCCGCGGACCUGACCCGCUUCUGCCAGAAACUCAACCGAGUGAAGACCUUAGAGGAUGACAUGAUGGAGACAUCCUUCAACAGAUGCCUUUCCACCAUCGACUUGACGUUGCUGGGCAUUGGGGGCAUGGUGGGCUCUGGGCUGUACGUCCUCACAGGCACCGUAGCCAAGGAGAUGGCUGGCCCCGCUGUCAUCGUCUCUUUCAUCAUUGCUGGCUUUGCCUCACUCCUGGCUGCUCUCUGCUACGCCGAGUUUGGGGCCCGGGUACCCAAGACGGGCUCUGCCUACAUGUUCACCUACGUGUCCGUGGGUGAGAUUUGGGCGUUUCUCAUCGGCUGGAACGUGCUGCUGGAGUACAUGAUUGGGGGCGCAGCGGUGGCCAGGGCCUGGAGCGGCUACCUGGACUCCAUCUUCAACCACAAAAUUAAGAACUUCACUGAGACCCACAUCGGCACCUGGCAGGUUCCCUUCCUGGCCCACUACCCUGACUUCCUGGCAGCCACCAUCCUGCUGGUAGCCACUGCCUUCAUUUCCUUUGGGGCCAAAGUGUCCUCCUGGCUCAACCACGUCUUCUCGGCCAUCAGCAUAGGCGUCAUCCUCUUCAUUCUCAUCAUGGGCUUUGUCCUCGCACAGCCCAAGAACUGGGGUGCCCAGGAGGGAGGCUUUGCCCCAUACGGAUUGUCAGGCAUCAUGGCUGGCACAGCCACCUGCUUCUAUGCCUUUGUGGGCUUUGAUGUCAUCGCAGCCUCCAGUGAAGAAGCCAGGAACCCACAGAAGGCUGUCCCCAGGGCCAUAGUGUUCUCCUUGGGGUUGGCCACCGGCGCCUACAUCCUUGUGUCCAUGGUGCUGACACUGAUGGUGCCCUGGCACACGCUGGACCCUGACUCUGCCCUGGCUGAUGCAUUUUACAGGAGAGGCUACUCCUGGGCAGGAUUUCUGGUGGCCGCUGGCUCCAUCUGUGCAAUGAACACGGUCCUGCUGAGCAACCUCUUCUCCCUGCCACGCAUUGUCUAUGCCAUGGCCGAGGACGGGCUCUUCUUCCAGGUGUUCUCCCGAGUGCACCCCCGCACGCAGGUGCCCGUCAUUGGCAUUGUGGUCUUUGGGCUGCUCAUGGCCCUGCUGGCCCUCGUCUUUGACCUGGAGGCCCUGGUGCAGUUCCUGUCCAUCGGCACGCUGCUUGCCUACACCUUUGUGGCUGCCAGCAUCAUCGUGCUGCGCUUCCAGCAGCAGAAGGCAGGCGCCCCCACGCAGCCAGCUGGCAGCCGGCCCAGCCCCGAGCCCUGCGAGGGCCCUGCCGCCAGCGAGCUGAAGGAGUACGAGUCCUUCUCUGACAAGCUCCAGCUGGUGGAUAGAGACAAGAGCAAAGAGCACCGGGAGCCGGGGCAGCUGAAGGCAGCUUUCGAGCCCUACCUGGAGUUCCUCAGCGACUUUUACCCAGGCGAGGUGGUCACGGUGGCUGUGGUGACCCUGAUGGUGUCUGCCAUCUGCCUCUGCUCCAUCUUGGUGUUUGGCAACACCCACCUCCACCUGCCCACCUGGAGUUACUCCCUGCUGCUCGUCCUCUUCAGCCUGGGUUUCCUGCUCAGCCUGCUCCUCAUCUGGGUGCACGAGCAGCAGCGCAGCACGCAGACCUUCCAGAUCCCCCUGGUGCCCCUGUCCCCAGCACUGAGCAUCGUCCUCAAUAUCUAUCUCAUGCUGAAGCUCAGCUAUGUGACGUGGCUUCGCUUCACGGUCUGGCUCAUCUUAGGCCUGCUCGUCUACUUCGGCUAUGGCAUCUGGCACAGCAAGGAGAACCUGCGGGAGCCCCAGCUGCAGCGUGUCAGCGCCCACUACGUGGUGUUCCCCAGCGGCAGCCUGGAGGAGACGGUGCAAGCGGUGCAGCCCAGCCCCCAGCCCGCUGCUGGGCUGCCAGACACGGACACCGAUGAGGCCAAGAGAUGACGCCCCAGGGGAGGGGGCAGCUGGGUGGCCACAGCUCUGGAAGCGCCUGCCCCCACCCCACGACAAAGCCAGGGACCCCCCUCUGCCCAGCCCCCUGGGCAGCAAGGGCUGCCUGGGUGUGUGGCUCCGUCCAGGGAGGGCAUGGGGACACCCGCCCUUCCCCGUGCGCUUACUGCAGAGUGUGGGGGGCUGGCUGCCUCCAUCCCCGGCCCUGGUGACACAGCUCUUGGCCCCCAAAACCUAGUGCCUGCCAUGCCCACGGGGAGCCCCACACCUGCCACCUUCCCCUGCACACACCCAGGUGCCGUGCAGCAAAUCUCCCUUCUGCUGGCCCAUCCCCACAGCCCUACACAGCCAGGGACACCGGGGCUGGGCCAGACAGCCCAGUGCUGCCCAUCCCAGGCCCCGUCCUGGUUCUUGCUGCAGCCCCGAGCUGCCAGCAGAAGGAGCUGGCUGUCCCCUUCGUUGGCUGCCCCCACCUCUCCAGGGGCUGCUCUCAUGAAAUGCCAGGGCUGCGGGAUGCAAGGAGCAGCUGGGGACAUGUGAGGUGGAGAAGGGAUGUGGCAGGGUGCAGGAACCUCCUUCAUAGCCAGGACCAUGGGAAAGCCAGUGCGGCUUGCAUUGUAGGAGCCCUGCUGCCUCUUCCCAGCUGCUGGUGCCAGCUGUUCUGGGGUGUGCUGGAGGCUGGCGGCUGCACCAGGCAGACUGGGAGCCCAACGGCGAGGUCCUGUCAGGCCAGACUUUUGCCCGGCCCUGCAGGAGGGGUGGGCGCUCAGGACCUUGUCCUCUGAGGUGGCAGCAGCCUCCCUGGGAGCCUCCCAGCUCCCCCCUUCCUCUGCGCUCCAGCAGCUCAUUCCGCACCAUCACCUGCAUGGGCACAGCCGCUGCCCUUUCCUGGCUCCCGGUGGCUCAGGAAGGGCUCUGUGGGUGCUCUUUGGUUUCAGCCCCUGCCCUGCACAUGUCCCUGAGCGGUGGUGUUGGUGGGGGGGCGGUCCCAGCACCCACCUGGCAGUGCUGCUGGGGCUGCCCUGGCAAGGAUGCUGUGCUGGGCAAUCCCUGCCUGAAGCAGAAGGUAUCGGGGUUUUGGCAUGUUUCGAAAGAGGCUGCUGAACUGCGAGGCCUCCAGCAUGCAUGCCCUGCCCUGCCCUGCUGUGUGGUGGGCAUGCAGCAUCCCCUGCAUCCCCCUGUGGGGUCAGCCGUGCCCUGGCAGGGAGCUGGUUCCCAUUGUUCAUCCUGUCACACCCAGGGGUGCAGGGGCUUUGCGCAAUCUGAUGGCUCCUCAGUGACCCCACCCCCAAUGGCGCAAAUCUGCUGGUCCUGCCCAUGUCCUGCUUGCCCCCUGCGCUGUUGCUGCUGCCUGGACCCUGCCCUGUGGCUGCCGUGCGGGGGGGGCUGCUGUGUCCCCACCAUGCUGCAGCCCUGCUUGGCACCUCUGUGUAGUGGCUUGUGAGCAACGGGCUGACUCAGUCACCCUCAUAAAUACUGGUUCUGCAACGGCUCUGUGUGUGUGUGCUGUAUGUCCCCCAUAGCCCACCUCUGGAAGCUGCUCCCCCAGCAGGAAAGCCCCCAGAAGCUUGGGCAAGGGGAGGUUUGCACCACCUGUGAGGGCCUGAACCCCUUUGUCAGCUUCAAGGACAAUGCUGAGCAGGGAAGUGUCCUGGCACCAGGGCAGAGUCUUUAAUGCUGCCAAAAGUCAUGACCUGAGCUGAUGAGAGAACUUGUGAACCAGUGUAAAUAAUGUGACUUAAAAAGCAAGUCACAAGUUAGCCUGCCUGGCCCCAACCUCACCGUUGUUCGCUAGGGAAGUUCCUUUCCCUGAUAAGAAAGUCACUCUUCAUUUAAAAAAAAUAAAUAGCAGCUAGCUGGGGAGACAGAUAGCUUUAAGUCUCCUUAUCAAUUGUUUCUUCUUAAUCUCCACUAUAAAUCUGUUGUCUUCAAGAUAAAGGCCAGCAGGAGAGAAGUAGAACUCCUGGCAGAGCAGAAAAGGCUGACGCUCGAAUCAGUUUUCUGUUCUCUUUUGUAAGAAAGGGUACUGCCGCACCGUGAAAUAUGCUCAGCGGUGGCAGGCUGAGCUCACCCUGCAUGGGCGGUGUUUGGUACAGCUUCAUCUGCCGUGAUGACCUGAGUGUUGCCAAAUGAGCCACUAAGCCAUUGCUAUUUAACCUAGUUAAAAAUGUUUAUUUGUAAAAACGCAGAGAGCUUACAGUUACUGUUGUACUGAUCCAUAAAAACCAAGCGUGGCUGUGGGGCCUGCACACUAGCAUGGGCUGGGCAAGCAUCAGGGAGUGACGUGGAUGCAGCUGGCAGGGAAUUAAAGGAUCAAAACAUAAUUAGUGGCAGCCUGGGAGGAGAGUAUGCCCUCUUGAGCACAUUUAUUGUUUUUUGUUUUGUUUUGUUUUGUUUGUUUUUGUGGUGGUUUUUUUUUUUACACAGGAUUACAGAAUUGGUCGGUUCAUCUGUCCCAUACAACAUCCUAUUGCACUGAUGUGUCCUGGACAGAAGCAGAACAUGCAUUAAUUGAUUUUAAAUUGCCUACCUAAUUAUGCUCAAAACCAGCAAAGCCUGUUUUUUUUUUGUCAGCAGCCACUGACGCCAAUGGAGCCCUCCCAUAAUGAUCCUAAAAUUGUAUCAGCAGGAGAAAAAUCUAAACGAAAGCAUGUCAGCAGUGCUCUGAGAUGCUAAUUGCAGCCAGGCAAGCACCUUCAGUGGGGUUCAGCACAUGGCCAUCGGCUGGGUGCAGGUGCAUCAAAUGUGGUGGAAAAGAUGUCAGCUCCCCUUCUGUAUUCCCAUACACAUGACCCAGGCAGGCUGGAAAACAAACCACCCCCGUGUGUGGCUCACAGUUCACUUUCAUGGGGCACGGGGAGAGAGGAGUUUGUUGUUUUACAGUGGCUGAUAUAAUUUUCCAUGGGAGUAUCUUUCUGCAGAUUAGUUGUUUAAAAACAAA